CGGGUGUACGUGAACAGCUCCUCUGAGAACCUCGAUUUCCCGGUCCUCGUUGUCGUUCGCCAGCAGAAAGGGGUGCUGUCCUGGCAGGUGCCCCUGCUCUUCCAAGGACUAUACCAGAGGAGCUACAACUACCAGGAAGUGAGCCGCACCUUAUGUCCCUUGGAAGCGACCAAUGACACAGGACCUUUGCAGCAGCUGAUCUUUGUAGAUGUGGCAUCCAUGGCGCCCCUGGGGGCUCAGUACAAACUGCUGGUCACCAAGAUCAAACACUUUCAACUCCGGACAAACGUUGCCUUUCGUUUCACUGCCAGCCCCUCCCAACCUCAGUAUUUUCUAUAUAAGUUUCCUAAAGAUGUGGACUCUGUUAUCAUUAAAGUAGUAUCGCAGAUGACUUAUCCGUGUUCUGUGGUCUCCGUCCAGAAUAUCAUGUGCCCAGUGUAUGAUCUCGACCACAACGUGGAAUUUGAUGGUGUCUAUCAGUCCAUGACCAAAAAAGCUGCUAUCACACUACAGAAGAAGGAUUUUCCAGGAGAGCAAUUCUUCGUGGUGUUUGUCAUAAAGCCUGAAGAUUAUGCCUGUGGAGGCUCUUUCUUCAUCCAGGAAAAGGAGAACCAGACCUGGAAUCUACAACGAACAAAGAACCUUAAAGUGACCAUUGUUCCUUCCAUCAAAGAAUCCGUUUAUGUGAAAUCCAUUCUCCUCAGUUUCCUCAUCUUCUUCUCCCUCUACUUGGGCUGCCUGCUUGUUGCAUUUGUCCAUUAUGUCAGGUUUCAGAGAAAAUCCGUCCAUGGAAGCUUUGGUUCUAAUGAUGACUCUGGAAAUAUGGUGGUAUCCCAUCCCAUUGCUGCUACCACACCGGAAGGGAGCAACUAUGGAGCAAUAGACGAGUCCAGCUCCGGCCCCGGCAAGCAGGUGUCCUCCUCCUCCUCCGAUGGCGGCGGUGGCGGCGGGCAGCCCUGCCAGUCCGACACUGACAGCUCCGUAGAUGAGAGUGAUUUCGACACCAUGCCAGAUAUUGAGAGUGAUAAAAAUGUCAUUCGGACCAAGAUGUUCCUUUACCUGUCGGAUUUGUCCAGGAAGGACCGAAGAAUUGUCAGCAAGAAAUAUAAGAUUUAUUUUUGGAACAUCAUCACCAUCGCUGUGUUUUAUGCACUGCCUGUAAUCCAGCUGGUUAUCACUUACCAGACAGUGGUGAACGUCACGGGCAACCAGGACAUCUGCUAUUACAACUUCCUGUGUGCUCACCCCUUGGGUGUCCUGAGCGCCUUCAACAACAUUCUCAGCAACCUGGGCCACGUGCUUCUGGGCUUCCUCUUCCUGCUGAUCGUUUUACGGCGGGACAUUCUUCACCGAAGAGCCCUGGAAGCCAAGGAUAUCUUUGCAAUGGAGUACGGGAUCCCCAAACACUUUGGUCUCUUCUAUGCGAUGGGCAUUGCAUUGAUGAUGGAAGGGGUGCUCAGUGCUUGUUACCAUGUCUGCCCUAAUUACUCCAACUUCCAAUUCGACACUUCCUUCAUGUACAUGAUUGCCGGCCUCUGCAUGCUGAAGCUCUACCAGACCCGCCACCCCGACAUCAAUGCCAGCGCCUACUCUGCCUACGCCUCCUUCGCUGUGGUCACCAUGCUCACCGUCCUCGGAGUGGUUUUCGGAAAAAAUGACAUGUGGUUCUGGGUCAUCUUCUCUAUGAUACAUGUUCUGGCUUCUUUGGCUCUCAGCACCCAGAUCUACUACCUGGGUCGUUUCAAGAUCGAUGUGUCUGACACAGCAGAUCUGGGGAUAUUCCGGCGGGCCGCGACGGUGCUGUACACGGACUGCAUCCAGCAGUGGAGCCGGCCCCUCUACAUGGACAGAAUGGUGCUGCUCGUUGUUGGGAAUCUGGUCAACUGGUCUUUUGCCCUCUUUGGACUGAUAUAUCGACCCAGGGACUUUGCUUCCUACAUGCUGGGCAUCUUCAUCUGCAACCUGCUGCUCUACCUGGCCUUCUACAUCAUCAUGAAGCUCCGCAGCGCAGAGAAGGUCCUCCUGGUGCCGCUCUUCUGCAUCGUGGCCACCGCCGUGGUGUGGUCUGCCGCCCUCUACUUUUUCUUCCAGAAUCUCAGCAGCUGGGAGGGCACCCCAGCAGAAUCCCGAGAGAAGAACAGAGAGUGCAUCCUCCUGGAUUUCUUUGAUGACCACGACAUCUGGCACUUCCUCUCUGCUACUGCCCUGUUUUUCUCCUUCUUGGUUCUGUUAACUCUGGAUGAUGACCUGGACGUGGUUCGGAGAGACCAGAUCCCCGUCUUCUGAGCCUCCAGCAAGUGUUAAGAUGGGGAGAGGGGGCAAUCACCCUCGGUGCUGUUUUCACAAAGAAUCCACUACUGCAGCAGCGUCACCACCACCCAAUGCCCCACUCACCCUCUUAGAGGCAAAUCUGCUUGCAUUCACCCAGGAAGAAGAAGAAGAGCUGAAGGGAGACUCAAACUUGCAAGGGGAGAGGCAGGCACUGGACAGAGACAAGCCCCAAAGAGCCAAGGCACAUCCCACCCCCUCUCAUCCAUAGCUGGCGGGGUUGCAGCUGGCCAGACGCUGCACCAAAGUCAGUGCGCUCUCCUGGACUUGCCAGGUUUGGCGGAAGGAUGCUACGCUCUUCCCUCCUGCUGCCUCUGUGCCCAGAAAGGAGAGUCACUCUGAGUUCCUCCUGAGAGACGUUCCUUUGGCCCCUGGGCACCUUUGCAACACCACCUGCUGCUUUAGACACCCUAAAGCAGGAGUGGGGGGGGGGCCCUCCGCAUGUGGCGGAGAGAUGAGCGCAAGGUGCCACCCACUUGAGGUAGAUGCGCCAGCCCCAGCAGCUAGUCACCUCCUCAGAAGAACGGGGUGCUUCCCCAGACUCCUGGCCCAAGAGGAGGACACAGGAUUGGGCUUUGACACAGGCUCCUCUUUUCAGGCUCCUGGGACCAAAGCCUAGUCCUUCGUGUCUGUAUCUCACGGUUGUGUGUUGGCCCCAUCACUCGGGCUCGCCCUUCUUGGGAAGGCUUUGUUUCUCCACAGACUUCUGGUCAGCUCCGCGGAAAGGCAGGUGCGGGGAAGAACAAGAGAAAUGGUCUCCUGAGAGCUCGGUACCAUCAGCGUCGAACAAACAGACCUCAACCUAUGGACCUAGCAUUCUGGAGACGAUUCCGUGAAGGAGGAAGUGCUGACUCAGUUCUCCAACUCACUCGGCACAAUUCUGGGCCCACGGCACCCUUGGGAAAGAAAUGUGCAUUCCAACCAGGGGUGUUUCACUAGGGGCCUCUGGAGCUGAGCCCUUUUCUAUCAUUGUGUGCAUAAGGGGUCCUGGGGAUUCUUCCUGGAGUUUUCAGAAAUAACGUUCAACAGGUGAGAGCAUCCACUCCUCUCUGGUGGCAAAGAGCCCGGUUGAGCUGGCACUUUUACCGUGGUGGCUGCCGCUGCUCCUUGGCUCCCUGGUGAGACGCUCCGUGUCCCAGGUGCAUUCCCACUGCCUGGCCGCUCUGCCGCCGCGUUAGACUGUGUUCUCUUAGCCCGUGCGUCUGAAGUAGUCAGAGAACCCUCACCCGGCUCUGCACACACCGACAGCACCGCUUGAGAAACCAAGGUCACCUCCCACUGAUGACAUCGUCCUAUUCGAAAACGCCUGUGGGAGGUCUGUCUGAAUCACAAGCUCUCCCAGAUUUUGAAAAUGGAGAGAGAGGCUCUCAAUGACGUAUGAGGGGCCUUCAAAAAGUUGCCAAGGGGGAAAUGAAUUGAAAGAUCAUGGAAUGUUUGCAGGAACUUUUUGAAGCCCCCUCAGGUUUUAUGAUUUUUCUUUCCUAAAAUGUCUCAGAUUUGUAAUGGGCCUCCUGAUAGUCUCACUCCUUAAAAAUGGUUGACCACCACUAAGCCAUACAAAGGCAACUAACUGGCGAAGCAAACAGUGGGGGGAAAUUCUAAGCCUAUUCAACUCUGGCUGACUUGACAUCCUCCUUUGGAUUUUAAUGCACUAGUGGUUUCAGUAAGGAGUAUCAUAGAGGUUAGGCACUGGGCUGCUAACCGCAAGGUCAGCUGUUCAAAACCACCAGCCACUGCUUGGGAGAAAGACAGGGCAU